CCGGUUACUUGCACAAGUAGCCGCCGGUUAUGCUCAGAGCUCAAUCCGAGGCGCGUCGCCCAAAACCACAGCUCUCCCAAAAAUUCUUUGAAGCGUUGAAACGAGGCCUGUGAAGCUCAAUUGGACAUAUUUGACGUGCAUACGAGCUGUAUUGCUGUCACAAGCCGCGAGUCUGCUUAUUUGCUUCCUGACAUCCCCUUUGUGGCUGGUGAUGGGAGUUCGAGACUGCGUCAUGAUCUCGCGACACACAAGCUGCCUGAGCAGCAAAGCACUCAGAUCUCAAUGUCUUAACCGCCGUAUACCCCAAGCAGCCUUCUCUACGACUUCAAGACGCAGCGGCUACGAUGAUACCAUCCAGAAUCUCAAGAUUGGCACCCAUACCCGCGUCAUUUUCCAAGGCUUCACUGGGAAGCAAGCCACAGCCAAUGCGCAGGAGUCAAUCGCAUGGGGUACAAAUGUCGUCGGUGGGACAAACCCGAAAAAAGAUGGUCAGGAGCACCUGGGCCUUCCCGUCGUUGGCACCGUACGGAAGGCUAUGGAGCAGCUGAAGCCAGACGCGACCGGUAUUUACGUUGCAGCACCUCAGGCUGCGGCUGCUAUCGAGGAGGCAAUUGAAGCCGAAGUACCUCUCAUCGUUGCUGUCGCCGAGCAUAUCCCGAUUCACGACGUAAUGAGAAUACACUCCAUGUUGAAAACACAGUCCAAAUCACGACUUGUCGGCGCAAACGCACCAGGCAUCAUCUCGGCAAUCGGGCGUUGUCGAAUCGGCUUCCAGCCCUUACCUACCUUUUCGCCAGGACACAUUGGUAUUAUCGCGAAGUCGGGCACAUUGUCGUACGAGACAGUAGGAUCUCUCACAAGAGCCGGCGUAGGCCAGAGUCUGUGUAUUGGUAUGGGCGGUGACGUAAUUGCCGGAACCAACUUCGUGGACGCGCUGAGGGUCUUCGAGACGGAUGACGACACAGAAGCCAUCAUCCUAGUCGGCGAACUUGGUGGUACCAAUGAGGAGGAGGCUGCAGACUGGAUCAAGGACUACAACAAGCGUGUAUCGAACCCCAAGCCGAUUGCUGCUUGCAUUGGCGGCUUCCAGGCGAAACCGGGAAAGGUCACGGGGCACGCUGGAGCAUGGACUGGUCUGGGAGAAGGUACAUCGGAGGACAAGUACAGGGCACUCGAGGCUGUCGGUGUUACUAUGGUCGACCAUCCAGCCAAGUUCGGAGGUGUCAUGAAAGACAUUCUGGCAAAGUCUGGUCGCAACGUGAAGAAGAUUGAGCAGUCAGCCGCUCAAGCGCGUCGCGGAUAUCACACAUCGGCUCGACGACCAACCUGGCACGCAUCAAGGACAUCACUCUUCCAACAGAAGCGGUCUCUUCAACUUUCAGCCGAGCAAAACGCCAACCUCCUCAAGAAGUAUGAUAUCAACGUAGUCUCGAAACCCGAAAACCAACAGUCAAGCCAUUACUUGGGCAUAUCACCGCAUCGCGUCAACCGCUCUCCAUCCAUCAUCGCCGCCCCAACCGCAAACCCCGACCAACUACACCAGCGCGUACGAAGAUUCCCCUUCGAUUAUCGGGAAGGCCCAUCUCCUAAAGCCAUCAACGACGCAAUGGCAUGGCUGCAACUCGACGCUGCACCACCCAAAGCGAAAGCGCAGGUAGCCUCCACCCUCUCAAAUCUCUGGAAGCUUUACACGGAGAAAGAAGCCAUCGACGCCCACGUCAGCCUAUCGCUCAACCCCAACGCCGACGAACUCCAAGUCUACAACCCAUACCUCUUCUUCGACGACGCCGCAUACCGCUCCAACCAGCGGCAAGCCGAUCUGCACGCGCUGCGCGACAAGCUCACGCCUACCGAGCAGGAAGCAGAAGAAGCAGGGAUCGUAUACAUUCCCCUGACCACGCCGCAACCCGACGGGCGCCUGCAAGCCAGCACCCAGACAACAUCGCGCCUAACAGACAGCGAGCCGCGCAACCUCGUCGGCACGCUGGUCAACGGCGCAGGCCUGGCCAUGAACACAAACGACGUGCUGCACCUGCGCCUCUCGCAGCCGCCCUACUCGACCGCCAACGCCAACUUCCUCGACACGGGCGGUAAAGCAACAUCCCAAACAAUCAAAACGAGCUUUAAGCUGAUUCUGUCCGAUCCGCGAGUGGCUGUCGUCUUCGUGAAUAUCUUCGGUGGCUUGACACUCGCAGACAUGAUCGCUGAAGGCAUCAUUCUGGCGUUCAAGGAAGUCGGUGUUGAUAAGCCGGUUGUCGUGCGGCUGAGGGGGACGAACGAGGAGAAGGGACAGCAGGUGCUGAAGGAGGCUAAUUUGCCCAUUUUUGCGAUCAACGAUUUCGAGGAGGCGGUUAAGAAGGUUGGGGAGCUGGCGAAUGGGGGGAAGUGAGGAGAGUGUCUUGAGGCGUAGUUUGUAGAUGGCAGGCUUGAUGGCCGGUUUUGGCGUUUACAUGUUGCGUAUACACAUUCAAUACCGAGCCUUCGAAUUACAGGGUUUGAAUCGCAAUAGCACCGUGUC